AUGGGAGAAAGAGAAGCCGGUUGCGGCAGCAGCCUAGCAGGUGGUGGUGAGAAUCAAUUAGAGAGUAUUGUAAUCCUUACAAAUGGUGCCAAUCCACCAGGUCCUCUUUCUGAGAAUGAAAAAAUGUGGCUUGAAUCUUUCGUGAAUGGCGAAAGCUUCAAGAAUCAGCACAAGGUGAUCUGGCCGAAGAUAGAGAGAGUUCCAGCAAUGCUUCGUGAGGUUAAAGAUAACAGUAGUUGCUAUGAUCCUAUGGUGGUUUCAAUCGGUCCUUACCACUUUGGAAAUACCAGGCUUGAGUUAAUGCAGCGGUACAAACAUACAAUGGCGGUCCAGUAUGUACAUGGGGACUUGAAGUUGCUGGAAGAGUUGUAUCAGAAGGUCAGGUGCGUGGCGGAAGCUGCAAAACAAUGCUACACUGACCAGAGCUCCGUCGCCAAGUUCAACAACGAGGAGUUCUCUCAGAUGAUGUUUCUUGAUGCCUGCUUCCUCCUUCAGUUCAUCAACUGCAUUGUAAGAGAAAAACGAGAGGCUUUAAAGAUGAAAAACAACAUGAUAGCUCUCGUUCAACGAGACUUGUUCUUACUGGAAAAUCAAAUUCCUUUUCAACUCCUCAAUGAUUUGAGCAUCAAGUCAAAAUUCGGAAAUGAAACGACUAAGACAAUGUUAAAUAAGUUUGUUACAAAUAUUCGUAGUCUUCGUCGUCAAAGUAACAAGAAAAGCGUGAACAUUUUUCUUUGUAAUUUAGCUUUUUGGCGAAGAGACGGUGCACAAGAUGUGAUAGCAGGAACAUCUGAUUGUGAACCUGCUCAUCUUCUAGACCUCAUUCGCACUAAUCUCUUCGACAAAACCGUUUUGACUAAACCGCCUCCUCCCGGUUGUAGUGACUGGUGUUCAUACCGGUCAGUGAAGGAGCUCAAGGCGGUGGGAAUCCAUUUCAGGCCUAGCAAGACUAACAAAUUCACAGACGUUGCUUUUCAACCCGGUUAUCUCGCAAAACUGGAACUUCCACCAGUAUGCAUUGAUGAUUCAACAAAGUCUAUGCUGCUAAACAUGGUAGCAUACGAGUCCAGCCCCAAUGGUCCUGACGAUUUUGGAGUUUCUUCAUACAUAUGCUUGAUGGAUUCACUGAUUGAUCAUGCUGAAGACGUAAUGGAGCUUCGGAAAAAAGGUAUACUUCUGAAUUUUCUGGGAAGUGAUCAACAAGUUGCUGAUCUUUUUAAUGAGAUAGCUGAUAAUUUGGUGUCACACCAGCAUGCGUAUACGGUUGUUAAAGAUAAAAUAGAAAAGCAUUACAAAAACAGGUUAAAGAUUUGGUUGGCAGAGUGGCUGCAUACUCAUUUCUCUAGCCCUUGGACGCUUCUUGCUUUUAUUGGUGCAGUUUUAGUACUUGUCUUGACUGUUAUUCAGACUUAUGAAUCGGUGAAGCCAAGUAUUACCUAA